UGCCUCUGUCCCGCCCCAUGGCGAAGCAGCUUCCGCCCGGCCGCGCUGCCCUUUGCGGCUUUGCCGUCAAGCGCCUGCGGUCGGGCUGCGGCCGAGCGGAGCCGGUAAGACUCUGACCUUCCCCCGCCGUCCCCGGGCCCAGCAGCGCUGAAGACACAGACAGGCCCCUGCGUAGACGAAGCAGAGGGAGGCGGUAUCAGCUCCUCAGCGCCAGGAGUGACGCCCGGCGAGGCCGCGCUGCGUUCCGGUUGCUGCAAUGAACCGCGGCUGAGUUCGUUUCUGUGAAGGCUAACGUUAGGCCAGCGCGCACCGGCCCCGGUGCCAGGGGACAGAGGAGUUUUGGAACGCAGAAGGUGAACACAGCCGUAGGAGGAAAGUCACAGAAUGGCCAACCCCCUGAGAGCUGAAGUGCUGAACCUGUACAAAAACCUGCUCUACCUUGGCAGGGAGUACCCCAAAGGAGCUGACUACUUUAGGAGCCGCUUGAAAGCAGCUUUCCUUAAAAACAAAGCUGAGACAGAUCCUGAGAAAAUUAAGCAGCUGCUUGCCCGAGGAGAAUUCGUGAUCAAGGAGCUGGAGGCUUUGUACUUCCUGAGGAAAUACCGAGCGCUGAAGCAGCGCUACUACAGCGACGACAGCUGACAGGGCCGCCAAUAAAAGAGCUGCAAACGCCAA